CAAAGCUUGAUUAUAAUAUUAAAUUCUAUCAUAAAUGAUCAGACUUGGAGCUAGAGCUUUUCUCAACAAGACUAGGAUAUCUAAAACAGGUAUUUCCUCUCUAAAAAAUUUGGCAAAACUCAAUAGAAUUGGCAUGGGAAGAACCUACAUGACUUUCAGUUCAAAGAAAUAUUUCACACUAGGUGCUUGAUUUAGCCAAAAAUCUCAGUUUACAUCUCCUCUCUUGAAAACUAUCUCAACAAGAAGUUUUAGUUCUGAGCAAAAGAAUCCUGUGGAAUAUAUGAAAGAUUUCGAGCUGAGAAUCUUCAACAAUCUCGAGGAUAUUCAGGAAGAACUCGAUGAAGUCAAUUCUCAGUUAAAGCAUUUUGAAGGAAGAAUUACAGAUACUGAAAUCCCUAAGAAAUACCUUACCGAACUACUUUCGAAAAUGAGAUCGAUGAGGAGUCCUCCUCUCAGUGAAUUUGCACUUACUCUAAACUAUUGCAUUGAAAGAGCAGGAACUAUUGAACCAUUCGAUGAAAUCUGGAAAUCAUUUGAAACCCUGAGCUUCAAUGCAAUGGCUUUCAUCUCAGGAGAAAGCAUUAUAGACAUUGUGUAUUAUUUCUGUAAAUUCAGAAAAACAUCUACUGCUUUUUGGGGAAGAUAUGACUCAAAGCUCACUCAGGAGCUUCAGACAAUAGAUAACACAGAGGCUCUGUCCAAACUCUUACUUGCCUUGGUAAUGGAUGAUAGAAACAACCAAAGUUUAUACAAAAUUCUUCUGGGAAAAAUUGUAGCAAACAUGGAUAAUGCAAAGAGUCAAGAUUUAUUCUUUUUAGCAGUCGCUUUGUCUAAGAAUAUCAUCGAUCCAAGCGUGUUCCCAAAAGAUUUAUUGUCAAGUAUGUACCUGGCUACUGUCCAGUACAUUGACCAAUACAAUUUAUCCGAUCUGUCUUAUUUCUUGAUGCUGUUUUGCACUCCAGGUGCUGAGGAGCAUAUUCCUGAAGAAUUCUGGGAGAAAGUAAUUGAGCCCCAACUAAUGCAAGCAAUUGAAGACUUUGAAACUCACAAACAAGAUAUCAACAUCGAACUCUUCCUUGACGAUUACAUGAGAUGUCUAAUGGGGGUCACAAUGGCUGAACAAAUGAAUGAGGAGUUUUGGGAUGCAUCUCUUGCAAUGAUGACAGAUAAUAUUCAUGAAUUGAACAACCACACUAUCGAAAACUUAAUCUAUUCACUCACAAGAUCAAGACUCAAGAAGCAAGAAAUAUGGCUUAAAUUAGUAGAUGUAGUUAUUGAGAGAAAACUCAUCGUUGAAGAUCAGAUGAAUGAGUUUUGAUUUUUAUUGGGAGUAAUGGACAAUAAGAUCGAUAAUGAAGUUCUAUGGGAGCACCUAGAUGAGAAGUUUGCUAAACUUUCUAAAUAUACCGAGGCUGUCCCUGUAGAUCUCCUUGCAAUAUAUGUCAACUGCCUUUCUCAUAGAAAAACAACAGAAGAGAAAGAAGAAAUGUGGAAAAUUGUUGAAAAGGCUGCUAAGGAAGAAAGAUCAAAUCAAAAGUAAUUCAAUAAUUAUUUUCACAAAGGGGUUUUGG